AUGCCAGUUCACUCUAUGGAAAAGGCAUUUCAAUGUGAACAAUGUUCAGCUAAAUUUACACAUAAGGAAUCAUUACGUAUUCACUUGAAAGGAGAUUCUGGUAUCAAGCCUUUCCAGUGCAAGGAGUGUGGUAAAAAUUUCCUUUUAAUGUCUUUGUUAAAAGACCAUAUGCGGAGACAUACGGGAGAAAGAAGGCAUACCUGUGGAGAUUGUGGGAAAAUGUUUUACAAUGCAAGUGAGCUUGCAGGUCAUGCAAGAGUACAUGCUGGCCUUAGACCGUAUGUCUGUCAAAUAUGUAAAAUGACCUUCAGGAAACCAGAAAAGUUAAAAGAACACAGAAGAAUAAAUCACGAGGGAGUUCGAGCGUUUCAGUGUCAGAUAUGCAAGAAAGAGUUUACAUCUGCCGCCCUUUUCGAAUCUCAUAGGCAUACGCAUUCUUCUGAUCGAUGCUUUGUUUGCGGUAUUUGCAACAUGACGUUUAAGCGCAGAUCCACCCUAGAGAAACAUACAAAAGUUCACAAGGAGUCUGAAGCAUACGAUGUGUCUUGUGAUAUUUGUAAGAAAACAUUUGCACACAAAAAAACACUUGAUAUGCACAUGAAGUCUCAUGUAAAAGAUGGCGCGUAG